CUUUCACAGCUGCAGCGGAUGGUAUUCCAGGUUACACACGCGUGGUUACAUGACCUGACCGGAGAGCAUUUGAAAAGAAAACUUAUAGUGUCAGACAAAACUUGGUGUGGAAUAAGAUGAUCAGUUGUUCGAGAUGGCUACAUCAGUAAGGCGAGUUUUAACCGGUUUGACACGAGCAUCUUUGGGUGAAAUGAUAAUAACCCAUAAAGCUACCUCGGCCGUGAGUAGAUGGCAUUGCGUGCGGUCCCUAGCUUUGAGCUGUCUGCGAUCAGCCAAGUCGAAGCCCACAGAGGAUGAAGUGAACAAGCCCAUCAAGUUUUCAACCAGUAAAGCCAGUCACAGGACCUGGAAAGUUGACAACUCCAUGGGAAGCCACUUCCAGCAGCCCUAUUGGAAAGUUCUUUCCAUCAGCUUGUUUGCAGCUGCCUUUAUUCUGUGGUGUGCGCUGAGAGAGAAUACAGACAUUGAUAAACAGCUGGAUACUGACCUGUUUGAGCAUUUACCAGCCUUGCGUCCACAAGAGGAUGAAGAUGAAAUCCAAAAGAAAUCGGAAUAAUUUAAGUACAUGUAUUUCAGGAUGUUAAUUGUGAGUGAAGCCGUCCAUGGCUUGGACUUGGAGUAAAAUUUUCCAGACAUUACCUUUUGAAAGUGUUUAAAAAAAAAUUAAAAGUUUAAACAUU